AUGAUGGUCUUUGGGCUCCGCGCGCGCACCUGCUGGGCUCUGCGGGCCUUCGCUGUUAGCAGGCGACCGCUGCGCUCCAGUUCGCGCACCCACGCUUUCGCCAAGGAGCUCUUCCUGGGCAGGAUCGAGAAGAAAGAGGUUUUCCCAUUUCCAGAAGUUAGCCAAGAUGAACUUAAUGAAAUCAAUCACUUUGUGGGACCCAUAGAAAAAUUCUUCACGGAAGAGGUGGACUCUCGAAAAAUUGACCAAGAGGGAAAAAUCCCAACAGAAACAUUGGAGAAACUGAAGAGCCUGGGGCUUUUUGGGAUGCAAGUCCCAGAAGAAUAUGGCGGCCUGGGCCUCUCCAACACCAUGUAUGCAAGGCUAGGGGAGAUUGUCAGCCUGGAUGGGUCAAUUGCUGUGACCCUGGCAGCACACCAGGCCAUUGGCCUCAAGGGGAUCAUCUUGGCCGGCAGUGAAGAGCAGAAGGCCAAAUAUCUGCCCAAACUGGCAUCAGGAGAACACAUUGCUGCCUUCUGCCUGACGGAGCCAGCCAGUGGGAGCGAUGCUGCCUCCAUCCGGACUAGAGCCUCUCUAAGUGAAGAUAAGAAACAUUAUAUCUUGAACGGCUCGAAGGUCUGGAUCACCAAUGGAGGACUUGCCAAUAUUUUUACCGUGUUUGCUAAGACCAAUGUUGUUGAUUCCGAUGGCUCAGUAAAAGACAAAAUGACAGCAUUUAUAGUAGAGAGAGAUUUUGGUGGAGUCACUAAUGGGAAGCCUGAGGAUAAGUUAGGCAUCCGUGGCUCAAACACCUGUGAAGUCCAUUUUGAAAACACCAAGGUGCCCAUUGAAAAUGUCCUAGGAGAAGUUGGAGGCGGGUUUAAGGUGGCCAUGAACAUCCUCAACAGUGGGCGGUUCAGCAUGGGCAGCGCUGUGGCCGGGAUGCUCAAGAAAUUAAUCGAAAUGACUGCAGAAUAUGCCUGCACGAGGAAGCAGUUCAACAGGAGCCUCAGUGAAUUUGGAUUAAUUCAGGAAAAGUUUGCCUUGAUGGCGCAGAAGGCUUAUGUAAUGGAAAGUAUGGCCUACCUCACUGCAGGGAUGCUAGACCAACCAGGGUUUCCUGACUGUUCCAUCGAGGCUGCCAUGGUGAAGGUGUUCAGCUCAGAGGCUGCCUGGCAGUGCGUGAGUGAGGCGCUGCAGAUCCUCGGGGGCUCAGGCUACAUGAGGGACUACCCAUACGAGCGCAUGCUGCGUGACACCCGCAUCCUGCUCAUCUUUGAGGGAACCAAUGAAAUUCUCCGGAUGUACAUUGCCCUGACAGGCCUGCAGCAUGCUGGACGCAUCCUGACAGCAAGGAUCAAAGAGCUUAAGCGGGGCAAUGUGACCACUGUCCUGGAGACCGUUGGCCGGAGGCUUCGGGACUCCUUUGGCCGAACCGUGGACCUGGGACUGACAGGGGACCUCGGAGUCGUGCACCCCAGUGUUGCGGACGGUGCCAACAAGCUCGAGGAGAACGUGUAUUACUUUGGCCGCACUGUGGAGACGUUGCUGCUCCGCUUUGGCAAGACCAUUGUGGAGGAGCAGAUGGUCUUGAAGCGGGUGGCCAACAUCCUCAUCAACCUGUAUGGCAUGACAGCUGUGCUGUCUCGGGCCAGCCGCUCUAUGCGAGCAGGACUCCGGAACCAUGACCAUGAGGUUCUGUUGGCCAACAUCUUCUGCACAGAAGCUUAUUGCCAGAAUCUCUUCACCUUAUCUCAGCUGGACAAGUAUUCUCCAGAAAAUCUAGAUGAACAGAUCAAGAAAGUGUCCCAGCAGAUCCUAGAGAGGCGAGCAUACAUCUGUGCCCACCCUUUGGACCGGACAUCCUGA